AUGACCAUGAAAACCAUGACCAUGUUCUUAUUCCUUACAAUGCCUGCUGCCCUGGAUCUGACUUCCCUCUCCCCAUCUUUUAUAUCUCAGGUGAGGGAUGUCUCCAACCGGAUCUUGAGUACUACAGAUGCAGGAGUGGAGAGCGACCAUGUCUAUUCAUACAUGAUCACUCUUUUUGGGCAAUGGAACGACCACGACCUGACCUUCACUCCCACCUCUCCCAGCAUCCGCUCCUUCAAUGAUGGCAUAGAUUGUGAUUUAAGCUGUGCCCAGGCUGACCCCUGCUUCCCUAUUCAGAUCCCACCAGAGGAUUCCCGCUUUGGCAACAACUCCAAGAGCUGUAUUCCUUUCUUUCGCUCAGCACCAGCAUGUGGAACGGGUACCACGGGCCAUGUGUUUGGGAAAGCCAACAUACGGCAGCAGGUGAACGCGUUGACGGCCUUCCUGGAUGCAGGACAGGUUUACGGCUCGGAUGACGCACAAGCACUUUCCCUGAGGGACCUCACCAAUGACUUUGGUCUGAUGAGAGUCAAUGAUCGUUUCACUGACAACGGCAGAGAGCACCUCCCUUUCACCAACACGCUGGGCACAUGCUCCACCCGGCAGAAGAUCACUAACGUCAGUGGAGUAGAAGAGGUGCCUUGCUUUGUGGCCGGUGAUACUCGUGUAAUUGAGAACAUAGCCCUCUCAUCAAUCCAUACACUGUUCCUGCGUGAACACAACCGUUUGGCCCGAGCCCUGCGGCAGCUCAACCCACACUGGAGUAGUGAGACUCUCUAUCAGGAGGCUCGCAAAAUUGUUGGUGGCUACCCUCAGGUCAUCGUGUUCCGGGACUACCUGAAGCACAUUGUGGGUCCUGAUGCCAUGGACCACUUUCUCCCCGCCUACCCUGGGUAUGAUGAGAAUGUGGACCCCAGCAUCGCCAAUGUGUUUGCUACUGCGGCCUACCGCUUUGCCCUCCUGACCCUCCAGCCUCUGGUCUUCCGACUCAACGAGAGCUACCAGGAGCACCCUGAGUUUCCAAGUGUGCCGCUGCACAAAGCCUUCUUUGCUCCAUGGAGGUUGAUCUUCGAAGCCUACAAUGCCUGGCGUAAGUUCUGUGGUCUAUCACAGCCACAGAAUGAAGAAGAGUUGGCUCAAGUGAUGGACAACCCAGACUUGGCCAAGAAAAUCAUUGAGCUCUAUGGCACACCGGACAACACUGAUGUGUGGCUGGGCGGUGUCUCUGAACCCUUUGUCUCGGGCGGCCAUGUAGGACCCCUUUUCUCCUGCCUUAUUGCCAUGCAGUUCCAGAAAAUUCGUCAAGGAGACAGGCUGUGGUGGGAGAAGAAUGGUGUCUUCACCAAUCAGCAGCGCAAGUCUUUAGCUGCUGUUUCCUUGAAUCGGAUUAUCUGUGACAACACCGGCAUUAGGAAAGUGCCAAAGGACCCCUUCCUGUUUCAUCACCAGGGGACUAGCUACAUUAGCUGCAAUGACAUCCCUGCUUUUGACCUUAGGCCGUGGUUCAAGAUUGGUGAGUGA